AUGAGCGGCCUCCACGCGCGCCAACGCCAACACAGGCGACAAAACUCGACACCAUCGGCGUUCGAUGCAGUGGCAAUUGCGCCCCUGCCCAAUCUUCAGCAACGCCGGCCAGUAUCCCACCGGCGGGGGCUGAGUUUAGACACACGGGCGCAGCCACUCGCACCGGCACCAGCAAACACGACAGUGCGGCGAGGAUACGUGCCACUCGCUAUCCAGCAGUCAAACAGCCCAGGGCCCGCAACAAGACCACAACAGGUGCUGCGAGGAACACCGCAACAGCGAGCAUCACGGCCCGGCUUGAACCAGAACACGUUCACCGAGCAAAACAACACCGACAACUUCCUGAUCUCGCCGCAGGUCACCCCGCAAAGCCGCCGCUUCACCAACGCACUGCCUGGGCAAGGGCCACUGACCGAGGCGCAUGGCCUACCGUUCGAAGCCUAUCCGGGGUCUCUUGCACCGUUUGAGCGCACUAUCAACCAGCUCAAUGGUACCGGCAUUGACCCUGCCCGAGAGUUUGACUUCUUUGGCUCCGACAGCGCCCUCUCGACGCCGAGCUUUAUGACUUUCCCAGACUCCAGCCCGGGUGGCGAGGGUCAGGGCUGGGGAUCGGAAACGGAAACAGCAAGCACCCACUCGCGCCGUUCCUCACGGCGGGUGAGCGCCAAGUUCCAGGCCGCUGAAGGUGGUUUCGAGAGCUCGGGAAGGCCAUGCACUCCCAGUGGGCAAAUCACAAAUGAGUACUUCCCUCAAACGCCAGUCGAUGCGUCGAUAAAAAACGAGACAACGCCGUUGCAGCAACAAACCCUCAACAGGUUCUCUGAGGGCUACGAUGAGUCAAUGGAGGAAACCCUUAAGCCCAUACGCACAAAGAACAACAACAGAAACUCGGGCGUUUUCCAGGACCUUCGCCAGCAAGCAGAGGCCAUGGCCCACACACCGCCGCGCGCGAACACGAUCCCGAUGGCGAUACCAAACCCCGGGCUCCAGACUCCUGAGUUCAUGAAUAUGCGCACCAUCAGUGCCGAGCUGAGGAGGUUUGAGCGCGGGUAUGGGAGUAUUCCCGCCAGUCCAGUAGAUGGACCGUCCAUGUUCUCGUUUAUGAAGUCAGACAACGGGUUCGGUGACAAGUCAGAAUUUCCCCCACUUACGUUUGAGUCGCUUAACACGAUUCCUCCACUCGUUCCGCCAUCGCCCAUCAACGAGGCACCAUCUUGCCGCGGCUCCCCGCACCGCCGGACUGAAUCUAUUGCGUCAGCUACCAGUGCGGCGAGUAUCGCGGAUAUCAACAUUGAGGAAACCAAGACCGAGACGGGCGUCAGCAUCGAUGACAUCGCAGCAUUUAUCCAGGGGCCGGACCCAUCGGACGGCAAGUGGGCGUAUCAAUGCCCAACGUGCAAGAAGUGUUUCGUACGGCAGCACGACCUCAAGCGGCACGCCAAGAUCCACACGGGCAUCAAGCCCUACCCAUGCGAGUGCGGCAACAGCUUCGCCCGGCACGAUGCGCUCACUCGCCACAGGCAGCGGGGCAUGUGCAUCGGCGCCUUUGACGGCGUCGUGCGGAAGGUGGUAAAACGGGGGCGGCCCAAGAAGAUCCGGCCCGAGAUGGACGAGCGGCGGGACAAGGCGGAACGCACCCGGCGCAAGAACAAGCUCAACUCUGCAAAUUCAACGUCGAGCCAGUCCGGCUAUUCGGAUAUCUCGAGCGCCAACUCCCCGAACAACGACUUCGACGGCCUCCUCGACGACGACCACUUCCCCGACAUCCUCUCCGCCUCCAUCGGUUCCCUCAGCGACCCCAUGACCACCGCCACCAUGAACCCCUCCACCCUCGCCGUCUCCACCGCCCCCAUACCCACGACCACCACCAUGGCCGAGUCAGAGUACGGUAUAACCGGCAAGGUGAUUCGCCAGUUCGACGCCACGGCCACCUCUACUCUAUCUCACACCGUCGGCGCCCUGAACUGGAGUGCCAAGAGAAGGAUGGUGAGAGACUCUGGGUGGAGUGUGCGGCAACCAUACCUUUGGUUCGGAGGGCAAGAUAGCUGUGUCUAA